UGCAUGAGCAUGAAUGUUAGUCUGAGACCCAUACCACUUGUUUUUGGCUGCGAAUGGACGACCACGUAUUGGUCACAUUUCAGCUCCAAAUCUCCCAGAGACCUUCUGGAUAUCAGCUAAUUUGCUGACCUCUAUGGCAAUUAUGUUGUGGAUUUUUCUGCUGCAGCUCAUCAACAGCUUUGAGGGUUUAUCUGGAGCCGAACAUGCAACGCUGUGCACCCAUAAUGCCUGUUUCACCCUGCAUAUGGUCAAGCUGAGCUUUGAGGAUGCCCAUAAGCACUGUGUCGAAAAAGGAGGUCAUCUGAAUACAGUGAGAGAUGGAGAGGAAGAGGAUGUGCUGCGCUCGCUUCUCUCGCGGAUCCAAAGACACCGUCCGGACAGGGCGCAUAAAUUUUGGAUUGGAUUAAGACUGCACAGAAGGGACUGUGUGUUGGCUGACAAGACUCUCAGGGGGUUUAAGUGGGUAUCUGGGGAGGAAGAGUCCCACUACUCCAACUGGGAAAAAGAACCUGUCACCACAUGCACAGAGGAGAGAUGUGUAAAGGUUCAUUACACCAUAUUAGGUCAGAACCAACUGAAAUGGACUGCUGGAACUUGCAAAAGCCCUGCUUUUUAUGCAUGUAAGUUUUAUUUUAAGGGAAUGUGCAAACCUUUGGCUCUGUUGGGGCCUGGACAAAUCGCCUACACAGCGCCCUUCUCAGAAGAGUCACAAAGAAGUGAAAUGCAAUCAUUUCCCCUUGGAACAUAUGCUGAUAUUUCAUGUAAUGACCAAGAGCCUCAAUACUCCGUGUGCAUGGGGAUAGAUGGCAUCUAUCGUUGGAAUGUCCCUGGUCCAUUUUGCAAAACAGGGAAGCAAAAUUGCAAGGUAAACAAUGGCGGAUGUGAACAUUUGUGCCACCAGGAUGCGGAUGAGGUUCGAUGCUUUUGCAAAGAAGGUUACGACCUGGAUGAGGAUGGACUCACUUGCAGGAUAAAAGACUUGUGCGGCGCCGACACCUGUGAGCAUCGGUGCGUGAUGAGGGAGUCUGGGUAUUCCUGCAAAUGUCCAGAUGGGUUCGAACUAGAUGCAAACCAGCGGAACUGCUCUGACACAGAUGAGUGCCAGUCACAAGCUUGCGGGCAUCAUUUGUGCGUAAAUACGCACGGCAGUUACACGUGUGCGUGCAAAGGCGGCUACGAAAUGGUCAAUGGUAAAUGCACCGAUGUGGAUGAGUGCACGCAAACAAGAUGCGAGCACGGCUGCUCAAACAAAAUCGGAUCCUUCUCUUGUCACUGCAACGAAGGCUUCACUUUGUCCGACGAUGGCCACUCCUGUGCGGACAUUGACGAAUGCGUCAGUAAUCUCUGUCAGUUCAAAUGCGUCAAUACCAUAGGCAGCUUCUUGUGCACCUGCCCGCAAGGCUUCCACAUGGAGACCGAUGGAUCGACCUGUGCUCCAGACGUGACAGAAACAUCAGCUGCUUCAUCAGAUGACCCAGCUGAGGAGGAAACACAAGAAAACUUCACUGAGUCUUUAACCAGAACCACAGUGGAGCUCCAACACCAGUCGCCUCACACUGACGCGCCACUUCCAGACCUGGUUAACGUUACGCACCGUGGUCAUCAGGGCAACACAUCCUUGGUGACAGCCAAGUCAGUUAAUUCCAGGGUGAUCGUCUGCGUCCUCGGUUCAGUCAUUCCUCUGCUGCUUUUGGUGGCGGUGACUCUGGCUAUUGCGAUUUUUCGAUGCAGUCGCACCAAAAAAGAAGUCAAGAAAAACGCCACUACUGAUGGCUACUGUUGGGUGCCCUCUGGUUUGGAUCCUCGUUUAGAGAAACUGUAUGAGUCCAUCUUGACUGAUGACCUAUGACCUGAUAGUGAUGGAGAACACUGUCUGCAUGGAUUAUCAUGCUUAUUUAUGUAAUUUAUGUUCAUGCAACCUCUCUAGGUUAGGCUGUUGUAAAAGCAUUACAUAUCAAAUCAAUAGUAAAAAAAAAUAUGGUGACUUUGGCAUGAAGUAGCAAAGUGUAAAUCUGCGUAGCCUAGGCUCUGUUUUGCAAAAGGGCUGUUACAGUAUGGCGGGGAUGUGAGGGGCUCUGUAUAAUGAGGGUGACUGGGUGUAGAGUACUCAUAGUUUAGACUGGGUGCCAGAUUGUUCCAGAAAGUUUUGAUUUGAGUUUAAGGAGACACACCCCUGGCAAAACAUUGUUUUUCAUGCACUGGUCCAUUUUGAGAUUUUGUGAUAUUUUGCUUCCAUAGUAUGUUUUCUUUCAGACUACUGUAAAGAAAACAUCCAAAAUAUACAUUUAGAUGUUUAUUU